UCAGCCCAUUUCGUCCUUUUUCUUUCUCUCCCGCGAGCCUUUCCUCGUCCAGCCAUCUCUCAACUCGCCGCAAUGACUGCCCUACUCGCACAGCGUGUCCUGCCUCAAAUCGAGUAUGCCAUCUUCGACAUGGAUGGUCUUCUUAUUGACUCCGAGAGGAUCUACACAGAGGUGACCAAUGCCAUUCUCGGUCGCUAUGGUCAUACAAUGACCUGGGACAUCAAAGCCGGUGUUAUGGGCAAACCCCAACGUAUCGCUGCAGAGUACAUUCUCUCGCAUUUCCCCGACAUUCUGGAGAAACUGACCGUCGAAGAAUUCAUCGCCGAGGGUGUGCAGAGGAGAGAAGAACUCUUCAAGCGGGUUGAGCCUAUGAGAGGAGCUGCAGAAUUGGUCAAAGGUUUGCAUGCCGCUGGAAUCCCUAUCGCCCUGGCUACGGGCUCUACCAUGCCAAAUUUCAUUCAUAAAACAACACAUCUUCCCCACAUCUUCUCUCUUUUCCCGCCGACGUCAAUUCUCACUGCAGACUCUCCCGAAGUCAAGCGUGGUAAACCCAACCCUGAUAUAUUCCUUGCGGCCGCCCAUUCUCUCGGAAGGGACGUGGGCACUGCUGACGAAUGUACCGAAGAGCAAAAGGCGGAAAGAAGUCGAGGAUUGGUGUUUGAGGAUGCCCGGCCAGGUGUCUUGGCUGGCAUCGCGGCAGGGAUGAAUGUCAUCUGGGUUCCUGAUGCCGAAUUACUUGCACUUAACCCGGGAGAGACAUACGGCGCGACGGAAGUCCUUACUCAUCUGGAGGAAUGGGAUCCCACUAGGUGGGGCCUCCCUCCUUUACCCGGUUUCAAUCACAUUCCUGCCCAACCCUAGACAUUUUUGGGAUACAUCAUCAUGCAUAAAGUUUAACCUUAUUACCCUUCUAAAAGUUCUUUCCACUUCUCUUUUAAGCCUCAAAACCUCGCAAGCCAUCCAAAAUUCGCCAGAUACCCCAAGCUCCAGGGUCGGGGACUUCACGCUUCUUCAAAUCCUCCUGAUUCACAUAUGCUCCUCGACCAGCCUUAGCCACAAGCUCCUUGGUCUUGUCAGCUGCUGCAAGAGCGUCCUCCGCCGCGGAGGAAAGUCCUUUUGAAGGUAAAGAGGCAACAAAGGCAUCAAGGGGGUCAACGAGGGUUCGAGAAGGAGGCCGGGCACGAGUGUCUAUGAUGGAGUUUGUAUUAAGCAUCCAGAUUGCC